CCUAGUUCGCAUCCCUAUUUAUCUUUGAAGUCCAGUUUGCUUUGUGAGUUGUGAAAAUUAAAUUGAAGGAAAAAUGGGAAGGUGUGCAAUCUGCCUUAAAAGAAGGGAACGCGGAACGGGACCGUUUUUUCGGGUUCCAGCCGAGGAGUCCCAACGGUUGCUUUGGGGAAAAAAUUGCGGGGUACAUUUUAAAGAAAAGGACAGUGUUUGUGUGGAUCAUUUUUCGCGUUCGGAUAUGAUCGGCGGUGGGAAGAGAUCGCAGUUGUUGCCAAAAGCCGUACCAUUUCCCCCAUCGGAAUGUCCCAACGCUACAGCAACAACAACAACAACCAACUCUAGCUGGACGCCAUCUGAUCAUGGUAACUUAUUUACGGAUUCAUAUUAUGCCCAGUUGGAGUCGGAUAUUGGUACUUCUGAUUCUCAAGCCCCAGAAAUACUGGAUUCACCAAUUUUCUCACAGGCAAGCCCAUCCACUUUUUUAACUAGUGGAACAGAAAAGAUCGUCAAAAAUUGUCAAAUGUUAAUAGACUCAUACGUUUCUUUAACUGCUGCAACUAAGAAACCCGCCAAAGAUUGCCAAACGCAAACAGAACCUAUUAUUAUGGAGGCCCUCAUGGGGAGGGAUGUCUACGAACUGAAGAGAGAGGUGAAAAAAUUGAAAGCGGAAAACAGGGACUUGGCUCAUCAGUUGAACAUAGCGAAUGCUGUCCAAAAUAAUUUUAAACAAAUCUUUACCGAAAAUCAAAUGCGUAAAAUGAUUUCCCCAGAUCGAAACGUUAAAUGGUCAUGGAAUGACAUUUCCAGCGCAUUAUCUUUAUACGCAGCAGGGCCAGUGGCAUAUACAUAUUUGUAUGACAAAGGGUAUCCGCUACCCCACGUUUCUACCCUCCAGCGGUGGUUUCGCCAAAAGGAUCUAGAGGAAGGCCUCUCCACCACGCCAAGCAACUAUCAUGACCUUGACAUGCCUGAACCAUGCCACGAAGACAAAACCUCUCCGAUUCCAGAUUUCUCGGACUAAAAAUAGUAAAACCGUUAAAGAACAUGCAUACAUCUUUUAGUACGUACCAGAAGAAUACUUCCUUGUAGUAUAUGCAUAAGUUUAUUUCUAGAGGAAGGUCUCCACCACGCCAAGCAACUAUCAUGACCUUGACAUGCCUGAACCAUGCCACGAAGACAAAACCUCUCUGAUUCCAGAUUUCUCGGACCAAAAAUAGUAAAACCGUUAAAGAACAUGCAUACAUCUUUUAGCACGUACCAGAAGUAUACUUCCUUGUAGUAUAUGCAUAAGUUUAUUAUAAGUUGUAUAACUUUGAAUAAUUGGUUUUUCUGGCCUAUUCUGAAUCCAUUCGUAUUGCGAUUUUCCUGAAAUCAAUAGAAAUGCUAUCACUGAAUCCGAUUUGAUAUGAGCGGAUGUACUCAGGUUUAUGCUGCGAUCGUAUCCACUCUGAUACAGUGAUGGAAUUUGCUUAGAUUCCACGAAAAAUAUAUUUUUUCAUCUAGCGGUCGUGCAUGUCCUCAUAAAAAUUUAACUUACAAGAUUUUAGGUACAAAUAUAAAACUUUGUUAUAUGUACAGCUACAAGGGUACAUUGGUACAUGAAUUAGAUUUGAAAUUCUAUAACCCAAAUUCAAGAAACUGCAUUUUGUAAAUAAAAUAUGUAUGUACCUACUGUACAUCGCUCAUAUCAACCCCCAUUGAAAAGAGGUAUUGUUUGCAACUUAUGUUUAAUUUAUUUUACUGAUGUUUAUUUAUUUUUAAGAAUUUUCGAUUUAAAUAGAGUUCGUUCUCUCCCAAAACCCAUAUAACCUCAGAUUAAAACCUUGUAAAAGACUACAAAAAAUGCAACAAAUAUUUAUCAGAAUUUCAAACUCCUUUCUCAAAAGUGUAAGAGUUUUAUAGCCCAAUAAAUUUUAGUCUGGUAAUGUGCAAGUUUAAGUGGUUAAAAAUUAUCGUUGAUUUUUUAG